AUGACACUGAUUUUCAUACUACCUAAUGAAUUGAUAAUUGAAAUACUACGAUAUCUAGAUGUGACGACUGUGCACGAGCUAAUAUCACAAUUAAGACAUAACCAUUCAGCUAUACCCAUAUUAAGAUUGUUAUAUCAAAGAUUAUUUGGCGGUGUGCUACAUAUUAUCAAUGAUGAACCAAGACUACAGUUUAGACAUGAUUAUGAAUUGACUAUUGGAGAUUUUAGAGAUAAGCUAAUUGGAGGAGAAGAAGAUGCUAAUUUCGAAGAUUUAAUUUUUCAGAAUGUUAGACCCAAUAUCAUUGAGUUUAAAUUUACUAGACAACAAUCUGAUUAUAAAAGAUUUAUACAUGAUUUAAAUCAAUUUCAUCAACUUUUGGAAUCCACUGAACCAAAUAUACGACUGUUUUUCAAUAAGACAUUACAAAUCAACAUUUUUAUAGAUUCAAAUUUAGUGUUUUUAGAAAACCCUGACUCAUUCAAAUCAAUUAUCAUUAAAGUACUAUUGGAACUAAGUAAGACAGAAUUUGGUCCUAAAAUAAAGAACUUCACCAUAAAGAGUAGUGAGAUUGGUGGGUUGUAUGUUGCACAUUGGAGUCAAUUAUUUAAAUAUUUUACAUCGUUAAAAAAAUUGAAUUUGGAAGAUAAUUUUUUAAAAAGUAAUUAUGAACAAUACUUGGAUGUUUGGGGGAUGCUGCAAAAGUUUCCAAAUACAUUAACUGAAUUGAAUUUAGAUAAAAAUAUGCUCACAUAUAUAUCAAAAGAUUUUUUGAGUAAUUUACCAUUAAGUUUAGAAGUUUUAUCAAUGAAUCAAAAUGAAAUUAAUAUAAUUGAACCAUGUGAACUAGGCCAAUCGUUGCCAAACUUACGUCAUUGGCUUUUAAACUUCACAAAAUUGUGCGUUAUCAGUCCAUCUAUGUUUAAGAAAUGUAAAACUGGUUUUGUUCUAGAGAUCAAAUCUACUUAUUUGCCCGAUUCGGACUUAGAAAAAUUACAUAUAAUAGCAAAGGAUAAAGGGUUGAAAGUAUUAAUAUGA